AUGAGUGAUAAUAACAUAAACGAAAUGUUCCCAUCUACCAGAGAGGCUCUUGAGACUAUUUUCUCGCAAGCUUCCAACAAAGACAUUGAGAAGUACGAGGAACAACUUAGUAAAGUGGACGACUUUGAUCCCGUUCUUAUUAUCGUAGCAAAUCAAAAUUGGAUUAAUCAAAACACGUAUGCGAAUUAUCAAGCGGUGAUGUACUCAUUUGCGACAAAUAAUCUCCAAAAUAAUAGACGCAGAGAUGAAGGUUCGCUCAGUAUUUUCCACUUCCCAAAUUUGACUGAACUCUACGCCGUGCGCGGAAACAUUCGCACGCAAUACCCCAAUGCAUUCUUCGACCGCAACGCUCAACCUCAACAGGAGCCAAUCGGUACCGCUUGGAUUCUUACUAAUGUGGCAAUAAUUACCACAGCAUUCAUACAAAAACGGAUGCCAAAUACAACUACUACAUCAACUGCUAUGCAUCUAGCAACAUUCUUAAUGAAUCCAAUUAUGACGUAG